ACAAGACAAAAAGAGCAUUAAUACAAAUUUGUCCAGUGGAGGAAGAGACUCAACGUGUCGAGCAUCGAAUAUCAAGCAUGUCUGUUCUCAUCUGGGCAGCUCUGCUUUCCUCUGUGACAUGUAGCAGUGCUGACAUAAGUGCCUCAGCCUGGGGACGACAACACUGUGUCAGUGGAUACUGUGUCACUCUCAAUGAGGGAGAAGUAACAGUAGAGGCUGGACUCUGUGUUGUGAUCCCAUGUUCUUUUAGGACUGGUGAUGGCUUUACACCUAAACAUUUAGCUUGGUAUAAAUGUGAAGUAUCUGAACCAAGAUGUGGUAAUCCUAUCAUGAUAUUUCACACCAACAACAGCAUUAAAGUUCAGUCUGGGUUUAAAGGGCGAGUGUCCUUUUUGGAGCCUGAUCUGAGCCAGAACAACUGCAGCAUCUUCAUUAAUAAGCUAAAACAGUCUGAUUCUGGAUCAUAUCACCUCAGAGUUAUUGGUGAACUGAAUGGAAAACCUGAUGGAUUUUCAUUCUCUCCCAGAGUGACUGUUUAUGUAAAAGGUCUUAAGCUGAAGCCCACAGUAAUGAUUCCCACACUGACAGAGGGACAGCAGGCCACACUGACCUGCACUGCUCCUGGUCUCUGCUCUGGAUCUGUUCCUGAAAUCACCUGGACAUGGAGAGGAGCAGGAGGGACUGAAUCUUACAUUACAGGAAACAGCACUGAUUUCAAGACUGAGAAUCUGACUGCUUUCACACAGAGUCCUGUCUCAACUUUGAUCUUUAACCCAUCAGCUAAACACCACAACACGAACGUCACCUGUAUGAUCAGUUUUACAGGUGAAACAAUUACAGAAGAGACUUCAACCUUAAAUGUGAACUAUUACAGGAAACCUCAGAUCACUGGGAGAACGGUCAUUAAAGAGGGAGAUGUUCUGAAUCUAACCUGCAGUGUUGAAAGUUUCCCUCCAGCUCUUAUUGUGUGGAAAAAAUUGAGUACAAACCCAAACCUUCAUAGUGGAACUUACCUGUAUAAUGACACUGGAUCAGCUACACUCACUAUUCCAAAUGUGACAGCACAGCAUUCUGGACAGUACAUCUGUACAGCAAAACAUCUGAAUACCACCGUGACUUCUUAUGUCAGUGUAACUGUGACUUAUUUAAGGCAACCUCUGAUCAUUGGGAAUACAACUGUUAAAGAGGGAGAUGUUCUGAAUUUGACCUGCAGUGUGGACAGUAUCCUCCAGCUCUUAUUGUGUGGAAAAACCUAG